CUUGCGUUGCUGCUGCAUUUUACCCUCAUGUAAGCCAGGUCAACAGGUAAUGGCAUAUCACCCCGCGCUCCGAUUCACCCUAGAGCACACCUUGAACGAGACAGGUGAAUAGCAUCCUUCGGUAGCUCGACGUUGUUUAUCUGGGCCCUGCUUCCGUCACAGCCUGCGUCCUUGCCAGCCCCCAACUCCACCACCUCGCGAAGUUCCCGAUCAAGACUGUCCGGAAACGGCAUUCAGCAUCCCCUCCUCCUCAGUACAACAACCGUUCCUGGUGGUGCUCCACUGCCUUCGGCGUGGCGUUUUCACAUCAUCGCCCGAAUUUUCAGGCCAUCUUGCAUCUCAAUCGGGCCCGCGGGAAACAAACGUGCUGCUCCGGUGUCAAGAGUUUCACGGUAAACACGACCGACGACAUAACUGCCAAUUUGAACAGGACUGCGAUCCCGCGCCCUGCUGUACUUCCAAAUCAGCUCAAGCCGAUGAAUUUCUGGUAGAACGAAUCAAUCUGGCCCCCUCCCCGACCCAACAUCCGAUCGCAAGCAUCACCUCCAAAAGGAACACUGCCGACCAUCACAACACCAAUCCAACGCAGUGAUACCUGCUUUCGGCUGACAGCAUCCUGCGACCAGAAUACUCAGGACGCCGCGGCUUCCACCAUGGAUUCGUUCGAUCACUCUUAUACAUUACCUCCCACCCCACCGAGGGCUAGCAGCCAAGGCAGAAGAAAUGCGUCUCCCGUCUGGUGGAAGUUGUCGUGCGAGAACAGCCAAUCCACCAGCCGCACCGGCGAGUGUCCCGAGGACAGGCCGAGUACUCAGUAUACAACACCGCAGAAGAUGACACAACAAUCACAGCCACCUGUUCAAUUCGAAGCCCCCGGUCCAGUCGAUCCCGCCGACACGACCGAGCACGACCCAGCAAAGUCCGGAUCCCGCCUGCGACGUCGACCCGCCGUGGUCGCCCUCUCCAAGCAGUAUCUGCAAUCAGACAACUGCACUACCGUCGAGCACCACGAGACCUACACUGCUCAACGACAAACUAUACUGCCACCUGUCUCGGCCCAGGCUAGUCGGAACUGGGCUAAAUAUCGCGCGUCUCGCCGCUUUCCGCUGUCCACAGGCACGACGGACCAGCCUGCCAAGAAUAAGAUUUACAGCGGCAGCCGAUGGCCCAGCGCACAGACGGAGGGAACCACCUCGGAGGCCUGCCUAUCCGAUGACGACGUCGACAGCACAGGCCAGCGGUAUGGCCAUCAAACCAACUUUACAAUCAGAUCGGGCGCGGAGGGAACAUGGGCCAGACCCCCCAUCGCCUCCGAGGACACCGCGAGCGUCAGGGUAGUCGGGGGUGUGACUGCGCACACUCGCAUCGUGCAGCACUCUGAGACACCAGAGUUGCCGCCACAACGGGCGGAGUUUCUCAACGCCCACUCGAGUGGUGCGCGUUACGAAUCACCCCUCCUGCCGUCGAGGCGAGAUCUCAGCAGCGCACAGGAUCAUGCGGGAGAGGAGAGGAGGCCUCGUGGCAUUCAACCCUCCACAGCAGGACUCGACAACAUGCUGUCAGUUUCAGCGAUCCCAAAACACCAGAUUCGGGGACAAGCAGCAAUGCGUGUCGAGACAAGCCCGCGUCGGGAAUGGAGUGGCCAUGGAGAUGGCUUGGUCAAGCUCGCAGCCACAGGCCACGGGGAUGACCAGUCGAACCCCAAGAAGGGGCUGCUCGAUGCUGACAACAUGCUGUCACAACGACCAGAAGCUUCCGCCCGCGUGCCACGGCAAGACAGUGGUGCCAUUGAACUCCCGCGCCUUUCCCAAAAACUACCCUUUGUCCCUGGUCUCCCAGCAGACCCACGACCUAGAGGUGGCUUCGUGCUAGGCCGGGCACAAGCAGUCAGGAUGUCCAAGCCAGGAGAGGCAAGACUGGUCAAGCUGCCCGCAAAGCAGCCAUCCCCUUUCAACAUCAACUGCCUCAGUUCUGAGGAGGCAGAUCUGAUGGCUUCAAUGGGUGCUGUUGCCAGAUCCUCACGCAACAACAGUGCGUGGGCCGAUGAUGACAAAUGCGGUGAGAGGGGCAGCUCGAACAUCGAUGCUACCGCAGAGACGCUGUUACCAAAACAAGGUCUUCGGCCGUCCGGUAAUCCCCGGGUAAUGCCCCGAGGAAAAGCAGGCGCAGCUUGUUCAUCCAAGCAGCCGGUGGACGAGGACUCCGGGGAUGGGCAUGAAGAUGGGAUGUUCCAUCAACGUGUACAGCGACUCAAGACGAAUGGCCACAUGGCCAGCCGAGACGUCCGCCAUCCUCCCUCUCAAGAAAAGCCCCGAAACGGCGGCAACCAAAGAGGUGUGACAGAGGAGCAAUCAGAGAUGCCUUCCAAUCUCAACAGCCCGCCAUCGGGAAUCCCUGGGAACGAAAACCCCGAUCCCAGAGAUAGUGGCUGCCCGUCUCUGAUUAGUGACGAUGGGCGAGAGUCGACUUCUUCUCCACGCGACAUGGCCUACGAGCUUGCUCGAGCGCAGAUAUUCCAGGAGCCGCAUGGCAUCUCUGGGUGGGAGACAGACGAGACAGCCUCGACGGUGGCUCCACAUGAGGCUCUCUCAAAGAGCAGCCUCGACCUCUUCGACAUCAGCACAGAUGAAAAAGAGCUGGUGUCUGGGGCAGAUAGCAGUGAGGAGGACGACAAUGACGAGACUGCCAGCGGCGGCAACGGCGGUGGGCGGUGGCACCGGGAACCGCAGGCACCAACCUCACCUUUCUCUCACCAUCAUGACAACGACCUCCUCCAAAGUCACCUUCAAGAGCGAUUUCCAGGCGGCAGCACACCUGUAAUACAGGCCUACGAGCUCGGUCUGUAUGCCAGGUGCGCACUCCUCCGGUGGAUGCACUCCACGGCAGACGCGCCCGGCAGCCCCGGGAUGCACGACGAGUCCGGCCUCUGGUGGGAGCUGCUGAGGCUCGAGGAUAGCUACCGGCUGCGGUACAGUGACGAGACGAGGGCCGAGAAGGCACGGCCUGAUCUGUCCCCCGAUGUACGUGCUUUCCUUAGGGGGGUAUUCCCGCCGUCGGAUGCAUAGGGGAUAGGAGACGAUGCCCUCGUGGGACAGCCGCUGAGGUUUCUUGGGGGCUACUGACUGGGCUCCGUGUUUGGGUGCGCUGCGUGUUGUCCACGGACACGAGGGGUGUGGAAAGAAGCGGCAAAGCUGUCUUUAUUGAGGUGUCGGGAAGGACUUGAGAGACUGGCGUACGAAUGGUCAAGGAAGGUGCCGUCAGGUGACACAUCGUCCUUCGAGAGAAUAAACUCAGGAACGAUGUUGUAGACCGACUGCUAGACUCUGAAUAUAUCAUACUAGAAGAAAAGACAUCUGCGCCUCUGUUGUGAAAUUACCCUACCUGUCAU